AUGUUCGACGUCCUCAUCAUUGGCGCCGGCUUGAGUGGCCUUCAAGCCGCCUACUCCUCGCAGCAAGCUGGUCUCAGCGUCGCCGUCGUCGAAGCGCGCAACCGCGUCGGCGGAAAAGUAUGGAGUGUGACUCUGGCAUCCGCCCAAGGAGUCGCUGACCUGGGCGCCGCAUGGGUGAAUCUGAACACCCAGAAGAGGAUGGCCAAGUACACCAGACAAUUCGGCCUCGAGACGGUCACGCAGCGGCUGGAGGGCAAGGCUGUCAUGCAGGAGGGCAAGAAUGAGCGCAUGGAGUUCCCCUUUGGCAUCACGCCGAAUUUCGCCGCCGAAGAUAAAAAGGACCUGGAGCGCAUCCGUGACCAUGUCCAGAAAGAGUCACUCAAGAGAGAGCCUCCACGUCCGGAAGAUGACAACCUCACUCUAGACCAGUACAUCAGGAACUUGGAUGCACGGGACAAGACAAUCAAAAUGAUUAAUGUCUGGGCGCAAGUCAUGCAUGGAGUGAACUCGACAGAGGAGUCGGCAGCCUUCUUCAUCGACUACUGCCGCACAAAUGGUGGACUCUUCUCCAUCCGCGCCGACGACAAAACGGGUGGCCAGCACCAGCGGCUUGUGAAAGGCACGCAACAGUACGCUGAGGGCCUUGCUGACUUGGUAGGGCGCCAGCAUAUCCACCUGUCCCAACCUGUCGCGUCUGUUCAAGACCUCGGGCGUCACAUCACCGUCACAACCACACAUGGCACAGUAUUCCACGGGCGCAGGUGCAUUCUCUCCAUUCCCAGCGCCAUGUACAAAGGGCUCAACAUUACACCGCCGCUCCCGCCACCCAACCGCAGCGUCUACGAUUCGACCAAGCUGGGCCACUACAAUAAGUGUAUAGUCAUGUAUCGCAAGCCAUGGUGGCGAGACUUGGGCUUCAACGGAUUCUUCAUCAGCUACAACGGCCCAGUGAACAUUGGCCGCGACACCUCCGUCGACACAAAGGGCGUAUAUGCCUUGACGUGCUUCGUGAACGGGAGCAACGGCGCUGAAUGGAGCAAAUUGUACCCUCACGAGCGGCGAAAGGCAGUUAUAGAGCAGCUCGCGCAGGUAUACAACGUGGGUGACAAGAGGGACGCCGACGUCUAUCAUCCCUCCGAAGUGUACGACUUUGUCUGGAAGCAUGAGCCGUUCAGUCAGGGAGCUCUGGCCCCGAUCACCGAUAUUGGUCACUACACCAAGUAUGCAGAUGUGUAUGGAAAACCGGUGGGCAACUUGCAUUUUGUCGGCACUGAAUAUUCAAAGGAAUGGAAGGGUUACAUGGAGGGUGCGCUGUGUUCGGGCGAAAAGGGAGCUGCUGAGGUCAGCGAAGCGUUGAGGCUCCGACCGCGGUUGUGA